AUGGCCCCGCGUAUCUCUUGGGUUCUUGUCCCGCUGGCUGUCGCUGCAAGCCUGGCCUGGUUUGCAGGCGACGUCCACUCACCCAAAACGAUCCCUUCCUCGAUAGAUCUCCUGACCCUCACGGCCCGAGAUGUCGCGGAGCUCCUCAACAACCAGACAUUCACCUCACUACAAGUCACGCAGGAGUACCUGCGGCGUAUUGAUCUCGAUGACAGGUCUGGGCUUGGGCUUCACACGAUGCUCGAGGUCACGCCUCGAGCUAUUGCGCUCCACGUCGCCAGCGAGAGAGACCAAGAGCGACGCAAAGGCAUCAUCCGCAGCCCACUGCACGGGGUACCUGGAAACAUGGCGACUGAUGAGUCGCUUGGCAUGAAGACCACUUCCGGAGCAUAUGCCUUGCGGAACGCAACGGCCAGACGCGAUGCCUUUAUUGUUAAGAAAGCGAGAGAAGCAGGCUUGGUUGUGAUCGGCAAAGCCAACCUGGGGGAACUCAACGGUUUCAAGGACAACAACCUCAGUCCGGGCUGGUCACAGCUCGGUGGUGAAACUCUUUCACCCUACGAUCUAGAACACCCUUGCGGGUCAUCCGCUGGACCAGUCGCCGCCGUUGCAGCCGGGUUUGCACCUCUUGCCCUGGGGACUGAGACACAAGGAUCCAUCAGCUGCCCAGCAUCAUUUACGGCGCUGUAUGGAUUGAAGGUCUCUACAGGUCUUCUCUCGCGGAGCGGAAUCCUCCCAUCCUCGACGACCUUCGACUCGCCUGGUAUCCUGGCGAAAUCGGCGUGGGACGUCGCCGCACUGUUGAACGAAAUUGUUGGCGUUGAUCCGGAAGAUGCAGUUACGAGCGACUCAGAACCAUUUCUCAGAAACUUCACCGCUACCCUCGAUGCCAACUGGCGUGAUUUCCGGAUUGGCGUGGCCGACAGAGAAUGGUUCUGGUCCAUUCUUCCAGGCUUCAUCGGUGAUCAGGCCGACAUUGAUGAUGAGGAAAAUAUGUUCUCAUUAGGCCUUGAGGCUGUCGCAGAAAUGGAACGACGAGGGGCAGCCAUCAUCCCGGAUGCCAAGAUUCGAAGCGCUCCCCUUUCUCUUGGUCAUGUCCAGAAGCUCAUGGGGAAAAUUAUACGACACGAGAUGGGCCCCGGCUUUAUCAAGCACACAGCAUACCUAGAUGGCAUCCAAACCAAUUCUCUCGAAGAGCUGGUUGAAUUCAAUCGUAAACAUCCUGAGUUCUCUUACAGUAAAGCAGAGAAUGCAGCUCAAGGCUACCUCGAGUCAGCACUCAAUCAGCAUUUAACAGAUGAGGAGUAUCAUGCCGCUCUACAAGAAGCCAAAAAGAUCGCCAUCGACGAAGGCAUCAUCGAAACACUUGACAAGUAUGACCUGGACGCGAUUGUCCUGCCAGCAUGGACGGAGAUGAGCAUCUUUGCCGCAUGGGCCCAAGCACCUACCGCGACAGUACCACUGGGGAAGUAUCGGGGCGGUAAGCCUUACGGCUUGGGCUUUGUAGCACGUCGCUUUGAUGACGAAAAGCUACUACAGAUUAUGAAGUUAUAUGAGGACACGUUUCCCCAAAGGCUUGUUCCUCAAAGGCUGCGAUGGAGAAGAUGGGAGCGUAUACUGCCUCGGAGCUAUGUUGGUGCUCUCGCCUAG